GUCACGCGACUAGCUGAAAAUGAAAAUGAGUCUCAAAAACGGGGCAACAAUGUCCCAACGCGAGAAAUUCGAGUUAAUAAACUCCGAAGUGCGUUCGUUUUAUGAAUAUUGCAAAGAAGCAGGAAUGUCGGAUGAAGAAAUGGAUAUUAUUUGUAGACCGCUGACGAAUGCAGUAAGGAAGGCUUCAAUAAGGAGAUGGACGAGGGGAUUUCUGUUGAUUAUCAUGAUUUUGGCUAUCGGGUAUACUGUGAGUCAGACGGAAGCAUUCCAAUGGCAUGCCACGGCGGUGGCGAGGAUCGCGUUGAUAAAAAUGUUGCCAGUUUGGGACUGGACGAAGUUGGCUGGAAUCCAGGGGAAAUGUUCGGUGGAUAGGGCUCAGCCCCAGGAUAUGGAAAAUAAUGUGUUUUCUCCAGAUGACUGCAUCACAUGUGAAGCUAUCAAAAGCGUCGCACGCAUAUCCGAUGCCAGUUAUACCGAAGUUUUCAACCACCACUUGUACCGCGGCGCCCCUGUCAUAGUCGUGGACGCCUUCUACGACUGGUCCAUAGCCCAGGGAGACCUCAAUCUGACCAGCAUUAUAAGCCACGACGAACGCGUCCGAAACUCAGUCCCUUGCGGUAUACUCACCAACAUCAAAAGAGGUCGCCAACCCAUGGAUUUAGAAGAAAUAGUCUCCAAAAUUACCAACACUGAGAUACCCAGUUGGUUCGUCCAUUUCCAGAAUUGCGAUUUGGUAGCGGUUAAAUCUUUCAGGGUUUUAGCUCCUAGACCUUAUUUCCUUUCAUCUUAUAUCGGCCCAGCUCAUUUUAAUUGGUUGUUGCUCUCGAAAAAUUAUGAUACUAACAGAUUCAAGCAUUUAGAGUUGGAUGUAGGAUUGAUUGUUAUGUACCAGCUUAGGGGUCAGACUUCGGUACAGUUAAAACCACGUUUUCCUUGUGAAAACGAAUGUACUUGGCUGAAUUUCGAAUUAGACGAAGGGGAGUCUCUAGUUUUGUGGAAUUCCAUUUGGGAAUUCGAGUAUUUGCCUGGAAAAGGCGAGAACGUAGCGAUGAUAACGGAAACCUUUUGGGACGACUCAUAAUAUUCAAGUAAUCAAUCGGAUAUACUUAUACUUAGUCUAUGUGUUGUCGUGUAUUGUGAGAGGAAUACUGAACUUGGGUCAUUUUAAGCCGCUGAUUGGUCGCUUAUUUCGUGUUUUACUCACGAUUCCGCCACGUAACAUCCAACAAUAUUUAUUUCCACCUCUGCCUCACCUCAAUUUAAU